CUGAUAAUAACUCUCGCGGUCGAUAAAUUACUUGACAGACAUGACGGACCCUGGUGUGAUGGCGCCGCUGCGCAAGGACCGCAAGGCGACGCUGCCACGCAUCCAAAACUUCAUCUCGUCGCGGCGCUUCAAAGACGUGAACCUCGUGACGCGACUGUACCCCGACUCGCGAACUGCCACUCUGUCGUACUGGUCGGUGCCGGGGGGCGAAGGGGCCUGGGUGAACUACCCCUUCUCUGAGGUUAUUAACCAGAGUUUCACUCCCACUGCUCUGGGUGCGUCAUUUGGACCCACCUGGUCCACCACCUGGUUCAAGGUAGAGCUCCAGAUACCGUCCACCUGGCAGGGACGCCACCUCCACUUCAGGUGGAACUCCGACUCUGAGGCGACUUUGUGGAGCGUGGACGGCAAGGUGCUGCAGGGUCUGUCGUCAACAAUAGACAACCAAGUGCGCACAGACUACCUAAUCACAAACAACUACGACGGCAGCUCACCUAUGCUCACCUACUACGUCGAGAUGGCGGGCAGUCGCAUAAAAGGCACCUACACCGACGACCUCAUUGAUCCUCCACCCCCCGACAUGAUGUUCACGCUAAGCGAGACCAAGCGUAAGGUG